AUGGCAUCUAGCAAACCAAUUGCCACAAAAAAAAUUCACCCAUCAUCUGGGGUCUCCACGCGUACAACUGAAACUCGACGUAUGAACAUGCAAAGAAUACAAAAUGUCCUCCUGAUUUGGUUAGACAACAAUAUUAAUGAAAAUAAUGCUGAUUGUAGUAAUACAAUUAAACAAUUAAAAUGUGUAGUUAACAACGUAAACACGUUUAAAGAUAGCGACCAGUGUCUUGAAUUUAUUCAAACGAUUAAUAACAACAAAGUAUGCAUGAUUGUUUCUGGUUCACUUGGAAAACAUAUUGUGCCUCAUGUGCAUGACAUGUCUCAAGUAGACACCAUUUUUAUUUUUUGUAGCAACCGAGAAUGGCAUAAGCAAUGGGCUAAAGAAUGGUCCAAAAUAAAAGGAGUCUUCACAGACAUAAAAUCAAUCUGUGAAGCUCUCAAGCAAGCUGCUCAUCAAUGUGAGCAAAAUGCCACAUCAAUCAGUUUUGUGUCAUCAAACAAGAAGUUGGAUCAAUUAGAUCCAACCUUUAUGUAUACUCAGAUCUUGAAAGAGAUCUUAUUAACCAUCAACUUCGAAGAUAAACAUUUCAAAGAAUUUAUUACUUAUUGUCGUGAAGUAUAUAAUGAUGACAAACACGAAUUAAAAAAUGUUAAUCAACUACAAACAACAUACAAAAGAAACAUACCUAUAUGGUGGUACACAUGGGAUGCAUUUUUAUAUCGUAUGCUCAAUCAAGCAUUAAGAUUAAUGGAUGCAGAUAUCAUUAUUCGAAUGGGUUUCUUUAUUAAUGAUCUACAUUGUGAUAUUCAACGACUACAUUCGGAACAAUGUGAUAGCCAUCAAUUAGGUAAAACAUUUACUGUUUAUCGUGGACAAGGUCUUUCAAAAGAAGAUUUCACCGAAAUGACGCAAACUAAAGGUGGACUUCUAUCAUUUAAUAACUUCCUAUCAACUAGUAAAAACCGUGAUGUUUCUCUUAAUUUCGCCCAACAAGCUUCUACAAAUCCUGAUCUUGUUGGAAUUCUAUUUGUUAUGUCUAUUAAUCCUACUCAUUUAACUACUCCAUUUGCUUCUGUUAGUGAUGUUAGUUAUUUUCAUGUAGAAGAUGAAGUUCUCUUCUCUAUGCAUACCGUUUUUCGAAUUGGAGAUAUUCAACCAAUGGAUGGAAAUAAUCAUUGCUAUCAAGUGAAUUUAACAUUGACUAAUGACAACGAUCAAGAUCUUCGAGCUCUUACUGACCGUAUCCGGCAGGAGACCUUUUCAGAUUCGAAAGGAUGGUACAGAUUGGGAUUAUUACUGAUUAAAAUGGGUCAAUUUACCAAAGCUCAAGAAAUUUAUCAAGUUUUACUUAAUCAAACAAUAAAUGAGAGUGAUAAGGCACCGAUUUAUUAUGAACUAGGUUGGAUCAAAUAUAAUCAAGGAGAAUAUCAAGAAGCACUUUCAUCUCAUGAAAAAGCCCUUGCAAUUCGACAACAAUCACUUCCUUCUAAUCAUCCUGAUUUGGGCUCUUCCUAUUACAACAUCGGUAAUGUGUAUGAGAGGAUGAGUGAUUACCCAAAAGCACUUUCAUCACAUGAAAAAGCCCUUGCAAUUCGACAACAAUCACUUCCUUCUAAUCAUCCUGAUUUGGGUAGUUCUUAUAACAACAUCGGUUCAGUGUAUGAGAGGAUGAGUGAUUAUCCAAAAGCACUUUCUAAUUAUGAAAAAGCCCUAGCAAUCCGACAACAAUCACUUCCUUCCAAUCAUCCUGAUUUGGGCUCUUCCUAUUACAACAUCGGUAAUGUGUAUGACAGCAUGGGUGAUUAUCCAAAAGCACUUUCAUCUCAUGAAAAAGCCCUUGCAAUUCGACAACAAUCACUUCCUUCUGAUCAUCCUGAUUUGGGUGCUUCCUACAACAACAUCGGUUUAGUAUAUGAUAAUAUGGGCAACUAUUCAAAAGCGCAUUCAUUUUAUGAGCGUGCUGAGCAAAUUGGACAACAAUCAUUACCAACAAAUCAUCCUAAUCUUCAAACAUAUAAAAGAAAUCUCGAAAACAUUAAAAAAAAAUUAUAA